AUGGAUCUCAUGAACCUUACAACUGUCAUCGACAACGGGUUUUUGGACGAGGCUCCGUCGAGCCGCGUCCUGACUGGCUGUUUCCUCUCGUUGCUCAUCCUUACCACCUUGCUGGGAAACAUUCUUGUUUGUGCCGCCGUCACCAAGUUUCGACAUCUACGAUCGAAGGUCACCAACUUUUUUGUGAUCUCGCUGGCCGUGUCAGACCUCUUGGUUGCCAUCUUGGUGAUGCCGUGGAAGGCAGUGACGGAGAUCGCCGGGUUCUGGCCAUUUGGCUCUUUUUGUGACACCUGGGUUGCAUUUGACAUCAUGUGCUCCACCGCGUCCAUUUUGAACCUUUGCGUGAUAAGCCUGGACCGCUACUGGGCCAUCUCCAACCCCUUCCGCUAUGAGAGGAAGAUGACACCCAGGAUGGCCUAUGUGAUGAUCAGUGUGGCCUGGACUCUAUCUGUGCUCAUUUCCUUCAUCCCGGUGCAGCUCAACUGGCACAAGGCCCAAACCAAAUCUUACGCCCCUGACACCGAGUCCUCCUCAGACUUCAAUGAUACAUCUUACCACAGCCCAGAGAACUGUGACUCCAGCCUGAACAGAACCUAUGCCAUAUCCACCUCCUUCAUAAGCUUUUACAUCCCCGUGGCCAUCAUGGUGGCCACCUACACCCAGAUAUACCGCAUUGCCCACAGACAAAUCAGGCGGAUCUCUGCCUUGGAGCGAGCGGCCGAAAGUGCCAAGAACAGACAUGACAGCAUGGGUGGAGGCUCCAGCAUGUCAGAGUCCGAGAGCUCCUUCAAGAUGACGUUCAAGAGGGAGACCAAAGUGCUGAAGACUCUGUCGGUGAUCAUGGGGGUGUUUGUUUGCUGCUGGCUUCCGUUCUUUAUACUCAACUGCAUGGUGCCCUUCUGUGAGCAGUCAAGCGGAGGGGAGGCUUUCCCCUGCAUCAGCCCCACCACGUUUGACGUGUUUGUGUGGUUCGGCUGGGCUAAUUCCUCCCUCAACCCCAUCAUCUAUGCCUUCAACGCAGAUUUCCGAAAGGCCUUCUCCAUCCUGCUGGGCUGCCAUAGACUGUAUCCAGGAGGCCACAACAUAGAGACGGUCAGUCUAAACAAGAAAUGA